CCUGAAUGGAGCAAUCGAGUUGAUGGCAAGGUUAAUCACCUACAAAAGAACUUUAAGAAUGACAAUAAAAUAAAUAGUUGUGUAUGAAAUGAAAAGACACAUAUGUGGUUCUGAUUACUGUAGCACAAAAUGUGACACUUAAGUUAAUUAAAAGCAUUAGAGUGUACAAAAUGGAGAAAAUUAUACCAAUGAGUUGGUUGAAUCAAAUACUACUAAUUUUUAGUAUAGCAGCUGCAAUAUUAUCCUUGAUUGUACAAGGGUGGAUAGAUCUCACACCUCUGUCAAUAUACGUUUCUAUCUCUUGGGCAGUAUUUAUUACAAUUAUAUCUGUAUGGUUGAGUUGUUAUUUGCUACGUCUCACAUUAAAAGCCAACAGUCCGAUUCCUUUAAGAUUUAUAAAUAAGUGGAUAUACAAAAGAGUGAAUCAGUUAAGUUCGGAAUUUUCUGUAAACAAAGAUGAAAAUAUAGAAGUCAUUUACAAGAGUCAAAGUGAGAACCAAAAGAACUUGAAUGCUGCACAAGGUAAUAUUACAUGCAAUAAUGAUGCAACAUUUGAUACCUGUAAGGAAAGCUCUUUGACAAGAAAAAAAACGCUGAACAUAAUAGAAAUAACACAAGAGAUUAAUGCAAAGUAUGUAGAAAUGUGGUAUAGGAAUAUAAGCAAUGACAGAUCAUUCCCUGAUGAAGCACAGGACUUGUUGAGUAAAUUCUUGACUAGGCUUGUUUGGAAAACCAGUCUUUUAGAUAAAAUAAAGGUUACUAAUAAAUUGGCAAAUGUGUUAUUGUUGCACUUAAAGGAAUAUCAUAGAGCAUUACGUAGAGUUGAAAAGGGUACUGCAGCUAGCAUGGAGGAAGCUUAUAAAUAUUUACACCCUGGAUCUCGCAGUACGUCGACAUUGGAGCACAUGCUAUAUCGUUUAGUUACUGUUCUGGCACAAGAGUUUUUACAAUGGGAAUUAAUUAGUUCAUUACCAUGCAAACUUUUGUUAUCUAUUUUAGCAAAGAGACUUUUAAUAAUAAUAGACACAAUAAGCUGCCCAAAUUGGUUGAUUGAGAAUAUGUUAAUAUUAUUGGAGGCUCCAUUAAACAAAGUUGAUAGUGUCAUUGCUCCAGUUAAACAAAAUAUCAAUGGUACUAUAAGUGUUGCUUUAAGUGAUGGUAUUACAUCCGUGACAGCGGCUGUGAUUCCACAGCAAUUGCUAAAAUCUGUAUCUAAGUCUAGUCCAACUGCAACUACUACUGUGAGUGAAAACAAGAAUGCAGUUUUAAUGGUAACUCCAGAAAGACCAACUCUGUGUUUGGAAGGUCUCUCUAUGGAGCAUAGAGGUCUGUGGGGAGGAAGCAUAACUGAUCUGGAAUUAGAUGAAGAUAAGAUAUCACCGGUAUACGAAGAGCCGACGGAUUUCGCUACGACUAUCGCUAGGCUUAGAAAUGUGUUGCAACAGAAAUCAACAGCAACCACACCAUUACACGUUGAAGAAAAAUCCUAUGUGAUAUAUGAAGGAAAUCAAUUUAUGAAUUUAUCAAUUCCUUGGACUGAGUUCCAUACUGCAACGGACGGCUCGCAGCAAUUGUACUAUUGUAUACAAUUUGAUGAUGUCGAACAACGUGGGGUAGAUUUAUUCGAAACAACCACUGCUACAGUCAAAAGACAAUAUGCUGAUUUUGUUCAAUUACACAUCAGUUUAGAAGAAAUUCCAUCAUUAGCAAAUAUCAUGUUGGAAUUGGUAUUACCUGAGGGUGGCCGGAUCGAACUGGAGAUGUAUUUGAAAACGUUAUGUACGCGAUUGGCGAACGAAUGUCCGCCACAACUGCGUCACUUUCUUCGACCUAGUAGUAGCGCGGGCAAGAAAGCCGACGCGGUAGCGCCUCGUUUGGAUCGAUUUCUAGCCAAGACUGUGACUGGCGUUUUUAAUACGUUGAAAACUGUUGUGCCAGGAUUCGAACUAGAUCAAGAAGAAGAGGCUUCCCCUCUACCUACUUUGAUGCCCUUGUCUGACAUACCUUGGAGAUUUGUCGAAGAUAUAAAAUCGAAAAGUCUAGCUUGUGAACUACAGCAACUGAUCAUGGAAAGGACAGAAUAUUUUACAGUAGACACAGCUUACGAAGCAGUUGACUCGAUAGAAGCCAGUGGCGAUUCAGAGUUAUUAGAUUGCUGGUGGGAGACGAUUAAUACUUCAUAUGAUGAUGAAGUAGACGAAUUAGAUUCGAAUUUAACACUGACAUGUACGAUGAUAGAUUUGGUUUGUGAACUUCUAGCAGGCAUUGCUAGUAACAACACACUACAACAAGAAGCAAUCGUUAGAUGGACUAAAUUGUUAUUUGGGAAUAUUUCAGAGCCAAUCCUACAGAAAAUAAUUCUUUGGUUAUUUGACUCUCUGAGUGGCUCUUCGUUAAUUUGGGAUGCAUCACAUAAUAACACAAGUCAGAAUGAUACACAGUUGAAAGACAAAUUGUUACAUAUACUAGAGGAAAAGAUAUCGUACGAUAUAAAAUUGAUAUUCGGUGAGGAUGAUAUACACAACGCUCUGAACUAUUUGUUAAGUUCAUACAAAAUCAAAAAAAUCAAUGUAGAUUUAAAUAUGCAAAUGUUGGAUGCACUAAUAUCGGAAUUAUUGAUUUCCUGUAAAACAAAUGAUGCCACAAGGAAUUAAUUUCAAUGUUUAUUAAGUUCUUUAAAUAGAAGAUUUGAUAAUUUAGUGAGAUUCGCACAUUUUUAUUCUCUCGACAAUGUAUCUGUGAGGGAGUCAUUAAGAUAUUUGUAUCAAAAUAAUUAUAUAAAAAAAAUUGAUAUGUGCCAUAUGUAAAACAUAUCGCUCCCACACUUCGA